CACACAUUGACUAUGCGGCACUCAGAGCGCAUGCGCAGAUAUCCAGGAAGUGUUGCCGUUUUUUUCCUCUGCCAGCUGAUAGCCAAAUUGUCAACAGUGAAACCCUCGACAGCCGCACCGGUGAACCGACGGUAUUCACGUAGACAAAACGAAGAGAGGUGAAGACAUCAUCAGCGCCAGACUUGACUGAAGUUGGUUUGGGAGUGACUGAAAUCCCAAAGGCGUCGGUCUCCCUUCGUGGGUCGGGAUGAGCUCCAGGGGGAGCGGAGGCCGCUCCAAUGGCACUCUACCACAGACCAAGAUCUGCCAGUUCAAGCUGGUGCUGCUUGGGGACAUGGCUGUGGGCAAGUCCAGCCUGGUGCUGCGCUUCGUCAAGGGACAGUUUGAUGAGUUCCAAGAGACAACUAUUGGAGCUGCAUUCCUGGCUCAGUCGGUGUGUCUAGAUGACACCACGGUGAAGUUUGAGAUCUGGGACACCGCGGGACAAGAGCGAUACCACAGCCUGGCGCCCAUGUAUUACCGUGGAGCACAGGCAGCCAUCGUCGUCUUUGACAUCACCAAACCGGAAACUUUUGAGAGAGCCAAGGCCUGGGUGAAGGAGCUGCAGAGGCAGGCCAGUCCUAACAUUGUUAUUGCACUGGCUGGAAACAAGGCCGACCUGGCAGAGAAGAGACUGGUGGAGUACGAGGAGGCCCAGACAUACGCUGAAGACACUGGCCUGCUCUUUAUGGAGACCUCUGCUAAGACGGCCAUGAACGUCAAUGAGCUCUUCCUGGCCAUUGCAAAAAAGAUGCCAAAAACAGACACCCAAAACCCGACACAUGCAGCACGCCACCGGGGAGUCAACCUCCAGGACCCAGACGCCCACUCGACCCGAGCCUGCUGUGGUGGGAACUAGACACCCCCCCACAUGCAAACACCCUGUACUCCACCACCAUCCACACCAACUUCAGUCAUCUCCUUCGACCAACUUACAGCGAUGAGACUCGAUAUGGUGGGAAACAAAAAAUUUAAUUAAAAAAAACACCCAGAAUCCUCUUGCCCUGCAUCCAUCCCCUUGUCCCCGGGGCUGACAGAAAUUCAAAAGGAGAUGAUCAGAAAGAAGCAGAGAUGGACGACUACAAGUGGAGGUAUAAAGACUGUUGUAGUAUUUAGCACUAAUUGUGUAAUUUCUUUGGUUUUCACUCUGCCUUGCGCCAUUUUCAGCCCUGAUUGUGUAAAAAAACAGAAAAAAAAAGAAAA